AUGGAUGAAGUAAAGAAGCAUCGAUUAGGAGAUUCGAUGUGGACUGUUAUGAAAGGUCGAGUGUACAACAUAGCGCCUUACAUGAAAUUUCAUAAUCGAGGCGUCGAUAUGCUGAUGAAAGCUGUUGGAAGAGACGGUACGUUCUUGUUCAACAAAUACCAUGCUUGGGUCAAUUUCGAGAUCUUGAUUGAGAAAUGUCUGGUUGGAGUUUUGGAUGAUACCAAAUCGAAGAAGCAAGAAGCCUAA